ACACACACGCACUCUCUAAUACAAAUCAGACGGUUAUUUCCAUACUUUGUUUCCCUCGUUCUCUCCGCCCCCAAUUCUUCUUAAUACUCUUUCACAAUCUCAUUCUUCCAUUUCAAUUCCCAAAUUUCUCAUUCUUUCAAAUUCCAAAUUAAAAAAAAAAACCCUAAUUCAAUACAAUUAAAUUAAUGGCGUCAUUCGCCGGAGCUAAACUUAUCCAGCCACCACUACCUGUUCAUCACUCCGGCGGCACUAGAUCUUCCGCCGCGGCCAUUUCUACGUCAUCUAGUUUCCUUGGAUCAACCGCUACUCUCCGCCUUACGCCGUCCAUUUCCGUCUCUCACCGGAGAUCUUCUGCUUCUAACACUGUCGUUGCUGUCUCUGAAGUUGUCAAGGAGAAGAAGAUCAAAUCCAGUGCCAAUAAUCUCCUGCUUACCAAAGAAGAAGGUUUAGAGGUAUAUGAGGAUAUGUACUUGGGCAGAGCUUUUGAGGACAUGUGUGCACAGAUGUAUUACAGGGGGAAAAUGUUUGGUUUUGUCCAUCUGUACAAUGGACAAGAAGCUGUUUCUUCGGGUUUCAUCAAGCUCUUGAAGAAGGAGGAUAGUGUUGUGAGCACUUACCGUGAUCAUGUUCAUGCUCUGAGCAAGGGUGUACCGGCUCGUGCUGUCAUGAGUGAGCUUUUUGGGAAGAAAACAGGAUGUUGCCGUGGGCAAGGUGGAUCUAUGCACAUGUUCUCUGCUGAACACAAUGUUCUUGGUGGGUUUGCUUUUAUUGGAGAAGGGAUUCCAGUUGCCACAGGUGCAGCAUUCACCAGUAAAUACAAAAGGGAAGUUUUGAAAGAAGCUGAUUGUGAUCAUGUCACAUUGGCAUUCUUUGGAGAUGGAACUGCAAAUAACGGGCAGUUCUUUGAGUGCUUGAACAUGGCAUCUCUAUGGAAAUUGCCUAUUAUAUUUGUGGUGGAGAACAAUCUUUGGGCAAUUGGUAUGUCCCAUCUACGUGCAACUUCAGAUCCAGAAAUCUGGAAGAAAGGUCCUGCUUUUGGGAUGCCAGGAGUCCAUGUUGAUGGUAUGGAUGUGUUGAAGGUGAGGGAGGUUGCAAAGGAGGCUAUUGGGCGGGCUAGAAGAGGUGAAGGUCCAACAUUGGUUGAGUGCGAGACUUAUAGGUUUCGAGGACACUCUUUGGCUGAUCCCGAUGAGCUCCGUAACCCAGCUGAGAAAGCCCACUAUGCAGCACGAGACCCAAUAACACAAUUGAAGAAAUACCUUGUUGACAGCAAACUGGCUACCGAAGCAGAUUUAAAGGCUAUAGAGAAGAAAAUAGAUGAGAUUGUUGAGGAUGCUGUCGAGUUUGCAGAUGAAAGCCCUGCACCAUCUAGAAGCCAGCUAUUGGAAAAUGUGUUUGCUGAUCCGAGAGGGUUUGGAAUUGGACCUGAUGGUAGGUACAGGUGCGAGGACCCUAAGUUCACCGAAGGCACAGCUCAGGUCUAACCUUUGGUCUGUCUUUUGCCAAAGGGUGUUUUUUGCUUCAUUUUGUUUUUCUUUAUUUGUGUAUUUUAAUGUCAACAAAACUGCUGUUCAAGUUAUUGCAAUUAUGAUUGUAGUAUGUAUUUUGAAAUCGAAAA